AUGGAAUCAUCUGAUUUCGUGCCUGGUGCGUCAGAAACGGGUUCCUUGACAGCCCAUUCCAACGAAGAGAGCCAGUUCGUCGGCAGCUCCAGUGGUGUUUAUUUCAUCAACACCGUCCGGCAGGCCUUUUCGCAGAAUCUCAAUCAAUCUGCGGGAUCUUCACCGUCUGGGCAUGGCUUUCCUCAACCGGAAGACACGCUCGUGGGCAGCGAAGACUCGCCGCGGGAUAAGCACCAUGGCCCGGCUUCGACUGUAGCGUCGCCUUCCAGGGCCGGUGACUCAGAAACUGUGAGCCCAUGGAAAUAUGCGCCAACAGUGGCUGCGCAUUUGGGUGGUGCUCCUCCGGUUGAUAUGGCGAAGGAGCUUAUGAUGGUGUAUUUCAAAGUGUGGCAUCCGCUGUUCCCUUUUCUGCAUGGUCCGACGUUUUUGCAGGCUAUGGAAUUGCUUUAUUCGGGAGACGCGCAGGAUAUUACCGUCGCUAAGUUACUUCCAUCUCUCGAACACCGGAAUGCGUGCUGGACUACUGUCUUCCAAUGUGUCUUCAACCUGGCAAGCCUUCUGCGACCCGAUCUCCGUUUGCCGCGGGAGUCCCAAAUCGAAUCUCCCAGCAGCAUGUACCCCCUACUGGGCACAUUGUCAUGCAGACACGAUAUUCCUUCACUGCAAGCUCUCUUAGCGGCGCAGCUCUAUCUAGUUGCAAGAAUGUCGCUUCGAACUGCGUCGACCGUGGGUGGUUGCAUUUUGCGAUCCAUGCUGCACGCGGGUCUUCAUCGUUGUUCGUUCCGGUACAAGGAACUCUCGUCGCAUGAUCGACAAUUGCGCAAGAGGAUCUUCUGGUGCGCAUAUGCGAUCGAUCGGUACCUGAGUCAGGCUCUUGGCCUGCCCCUUGGUAUUCAAGACUCAGAUAUCGACGUCUGUCCUCCCGGGGCUCCAGAGGUUCAUCUUCCUGGGAUUCAUGGGACCGAAUGCUUACUCUUAUUCGGGAGGACGCCCUUUGAGAAAAUCACGAGUCAAAGCAUAAGACUGGACAAGAUGUUAAGCCAGGAAGCCGAGGACCAGCGCAAAAGGGAAGCCGCUCUAGCAAGCUACGUGGAAUCCGGAAAGCUCACUGGUCAAGCACUGGAAUUAUUUCACAAAUCUGUUCUUGUUCGAUCCAUCAGGCGAAGUUCUGUUCUCUUUUUGGCCUCAGACGUCCACAGAUGGUGGAACAGCCUUCCACGAGAACUACAAGGAAAUCCUGCAAAGGCAGACGCAAGCAUUCCUGCGGUAUCAUCCGCAUCAUCAUCACCCACGGAUAAGCCAUUCGACUUUGGUCCAUUUUUUACUGUACUUUAUCAACAUUUAAUCCUCUUGAUCAACCGACCUUUCCUGUCUCUUGCCCCAUCCACUCCGGAGUUCUGUUCUGCGCUACAAACCUGCAUUGGUGCUGCUCGGGGAAUUCUCACGGCCUUGAGAAGUCAGGUUGAUGGAAAACAGGAAUUAUUCUGGCCUGGAUUCCUUUCUGCUGCCUGGAUGUCCGGCCUUGUCCUUGCUUUCGCCUGUCAGUUGAAGCAAUAUGUCUUGUCCAAGGGUUCUCAUGAAAUAAACGAGUGCUUGGAAUUUCUACAUAUCAUGUCUGCGCAAUGGGAAACCGCCAAACAUUGCCAUUCAGCACUAUCGUUACUAUUCAGCAACAUACAGCAGUCGGCACAGGAGCCGCAAGGGUAUCCUCACCGAGCUGAAGGCGAAGAAGGAUCAGCCACCAAUGCAAACAAGAAGCGGAGACUCGACAAUAAUCCCUCACAUUCCACAGGCGGACGAGAACUGAUGCAUCCUCCAUUGGUCCCUAAUCCCGACCCCGAGGAGCAACAGCAGCAACAAUCCACAAUUAACCCCGUUUCUCAGUCACCGGAACCAAAUCAAGAACUCGCAAAUUCGUACAACGACCCCGUCGCUAUCCCCUCCGCAGACAUCGCUGCUGCAGACAAUGACUUCACAGAAGUAGAUAAUAACCGUCUCUUUUUCUUCUCCGAUGGCACAUCCUCCACCCCCGGACAAGGACCGGGCCCGGGGUUAAGCGGGAUGGGAAAUUUCGACCUCAACAUGGUGGAUUUGUUCCAGGCUCCAGCGAAUUUUGAUUCGCUUUUCGACCUGUUCGGUCAGCAAUACCCGAGUUUCUAG